AUCACGGUUCCUGCCCAGAGAAUCUACUCUAAUCAAAAAGCAUCAUGUCCGGACGCGGUAAGGGAGGCAAAGUGAAGGGGAAGGCAAAGUCCAGGUCUUCCAGAGCGGGACUCCAGUUCCCUGUCGGUCGUAUCCACCGUCUGUUGCGCAAGGGCAACUACGCCGAGCGAGUCGGUGCCGGCGCUCCCGUCUACUUGGCCGCCGUCAUGGAGUAUCUCGCUGCCGAAGUUCUCGAGUUGGCCGGCAACGCUGCCCGUGACAACAAGAAGACCAGAAUCAUCCCUCGUCACCUCCAGCUGGCAAUCCGUAACGACGAAGAGCUCAACAAGCUGCUCAGCGGUGUCACCAUCGCUCAGGGCGGAGUACUGCCUAACAUCCAGGCAGUCCUGCUGCCCAAGAAGACAGAGAAGAAAGCGUAAGCUGGAACCUCGUCGUCGAGCGCAAAAAACGGCCUUUAUAAAGGCCACCACUCAUUCGGUCGUUUUUUACACUAGCUAUAACGUUCACAUUCUUACC